GUGUGUGUGUGUGUGUGAUUUGUAUGUUCGAUUAUUUGUAGAAAUGCUCUAUGUAUUGUGAGGCAGUAUUGUGUUUUAGUCUGUGUGAUCGAUGUGAACGAAUGAUGAAUGUGAGUGUUUGAAUUGUGUGUGAGGAGAUAUGAUGCAUGAUGACGUUUAAUGUGUUAGGUUGGGAUGUACUCGGAUCGGUGUUCUGGGAUACCUUGUUUUUGGGAGUUUUGUUGUGUUGUGUAUCUUGAGGGCUGGAUUUUAUAUUUUUGUUUUUUUUCUACUCUUCUCCAUUUUUUCCUUUAAUUUGUUUAGGGCUUUUGUAUUUCUUUGUUUUUUUGGAUAACUUUCGUUUAUUUUGUGUAUUUGCAUCAGCUGAAUUUUUCGUCUAAUCUUCUGUGUUAAUAAUUUUAUGAAUCACUGUGUUGUUGACUUGCAGUUUUAUUUACUAUCUCUCUUUUUAUGGAUUCGGCGUUUGGUGCUAUUCCUUUGCAUUGGGGACCGGUUUUCUGGUGUAUUCUCUCUGUUAACCUUUUUCGGUUUUUUCAUGUGACGCCCAGAUUUUGUGACCUAUUACUUCGCUUCAUCUGUCACAUUAGGUAAGUUGUGCUAAGCCCUAUUAUAUCACGCCUAACAUGCGUUACAUUCCAAACUGCUCUGUUCUACUAAGUAGUGUCUCAUGCUCACUUACUUCGUACAAGCUGGAAAUGGCCGAUCGAAGACAAUUCCGUUGACACACACACACACACACACACACACACACACAUUCACAUGACUCACUAUUCUCAGCGUGAUCCGAGGUGAACAUUUCGUUAUCUCACCACUCUCUUCUCUCUCUACUCACUUUUCACAUGUCUACAAACCGUGAACGAAUCCAACGUGCAAUUCCGUCACCACACAAUCGACUGAAUCAAUGCGAAAUGCAAGGUGUGAUGGUGAAGACAGUAUCCUUAGUGAUCUCAUCACCCCUGACGAAAUCGAAUCAAUCCGUGCAGUGGAACGACAGUCUGUUGGACCCAUCCACGGCCUUAUAUCAGGAAUAUGCUUCAGAAUUGUGUGAUCUGCUCGUGAACAGCAUGAAGUCAGCCAAGGUCAGUGGACUCAUCACGGUCACCUGCACAGUUGUUGGCUUCUCACGUGGAUCAGUCAUUGGAAAUGCAACACUGACCAUUGAGCACGACAUUUCCAGUGAGAGUUUCGCAACGACCGCUGCGAUAGGAAGCACUGUUCGCACCGCCAUCGUGCAAUAUACAAUAGAAUUAGUUGCCAAUGGAUCUGAUAACGUGUACUUUGGCACAUCGAAUGAAAUAACGAUAGAAGUCACAAAUGAAAACACUAGAGUAACGGAACCAGUUGUGGAUAGUCUGACUUCCAUAACACCAAGCUCAUCAAGUAGGAUGGAACUGUCAAUACGAAUCGAGCUUCUCAUAGGAAACAGAUCAGUAGUAUGGAAUCCUGAGUUAACGAACAAUAUGUCUGCAGUUUAUAAUAGGACAUCACAGGAAACAUGCUAUUUGAUAAAGGCUACUGCUGAGUAUGUUACAUCAAUAGACUUCCAGAUAUCCCUUUGUAAUAUUGUACGAUUUUAUCCAGGCUCUAUACGAGCUAAAGCAACAGUAAUAGUGGACUACAUGGAUAGCAACAACAUCACUCAAACACAGAUACUUCAAGCAAUGCAACUAGGUGCACGGAUGUAUCUAAUAAACCAAAUGCAAGGUCGAUCACAAGAUCCUAGUCAAAUAACAUCAAUUUUGUUCAUUUUACAGCCUGAAACGUGUGCUACAUAUGCCAGUAAAUGUUCACCUCAUGCUGACUGUUUCGAAACCUCUGAUGGGACUCAUUGUACGUGUAAAGCUAUGUGGACAGAUUUGAAUCCACAACAGCCUGGAGAACAGUGUGCCUUGAGUGCAGCCGUAAUAGUACUAAUCGUGUUGGUGUCAGUUUUUGUCAUUGUCACUUUCGCUUUAGCAACUUACUUUGCUCUAAAUUCCGAAAGAAACGGUGAACAGUUUAUGUAUUCUUUUGUCUAAAAAUGGAAUUUAUUUUGGAUGGCUAAACGAAAAAGUCAAAUCACGCAGACAAUCAAUUUUUAUUUCCAAUUAUCACCGUAAAUUUAAAUUUUAUUCGAUACACCUACCUGAAAAAAAUUCCUUAUUCAGAUACCAAUUUCUCCGAAGUUGUAAAAUCCAAAAACAAAUGGCAUUUUUUCCAGUCUUUGCUAAGUGCGUUUGAUUUUAACCUCCUCAUUACCUUGAGUUAACACCAUGCACAACGUAGUAUACAAGUCUACAACCCUUGGAUCCUUCAAUUUUCAUUUUUCCAAUUGUAAUCCCAUGUACAUGAUCUCCUGAGAUGUUUGUAUACACUAAAAUUUACUAUAUGAAGUUGGCUACUUCUUUUUAUCUAGUAGUACAAAACUAGACAUGCAAAUAAUUUCGCGUUUUGAUAUUUAGUAAUCUUUAUAAUUUAUCUGUAUUGUAUCCAAAAAAAUUAUUAUGAUCAAAUAAACUUCACC